CUCCCAUCGUCUUCUUCCUCUACCAAUCAUCCAUCUCACUCUUCACUCCCCCAAAUCGACACAAGCAUGGCAUCCGAACCCAAGACCUACGUGUCUGGGGGACGCGUUCUCGCAAAUCCCCCCAUCACAGUCCGAAUCCUCCGCUUCGUCGAGAACAUCUACCUCUUCAUCGGAUUAUACAUCGUCAGCCUAUUUUCGCUGGACCCCUACACCGCAGCCCAAAACUCUCGAUUCAACGUUACUCAGUCAGGAAAGACUCCCAAUACUCGUGCUCGCUGGGGCAGUGGAGGUGGAGGUGGAGGCGGAUCUUGGGGUCCCGGAGGAGGCGGCGGUGGUGGACCGGGAGGACCUGGUAGGAGGAUCGGUCGGGUAGAUGAUAUUCGUGGCCCGGAGUGUAAGAGCUGUGGUUGAUUUGGGGAUGUGCGUUUGAAGGGGGCUUGGAAAAUGAGGUGUAGUGGGAUUGAAGGGAUGGGAGUUUGAUAGGGCGCUCUUUAUUGAUUAUACUAUGGAUUUGGAACAAUGGAAUGGGGUUGUUGUUGUGAAUGGAUAAUUUGUGAUGGAUGGGAUGUGUAGGGGUUUUGUAUGGCUUAUAGAAGAGUCAUGUAUGAUGCUUUGUGUAGUUGUAAGUUGUGACGGCUUUAGUGCAAGAUAUCUACAAAGUACAAACAAGCGGCGAUCGACGACGCCGUUGAUUUCCCAUGGGGGGAAAGGCAAUGGAUGGAUGCCCCGCAAAAGAGGGGCUGGUGCCGG